GGGAGCCUGUGAACUAGUGUUGCUACCCGAAGCCCUGACCUUCUCGAUCUGUAAUUCGACUUGAAGGAAAAUUUUCAAAUCUAACCCCAUUCUUGCUGUAAACGUAUUGAAUAAAUUUUUCUUUAAAGUUACUUGACUCAAUUUGUUCAGCAUUUUCUACAAUGUUUGCAGAUGAUUGUUCUCUACAAAUUUCAUUAAAUGGAGUUAAAGCAAUAUCAAAACUAGUCGAAAAGAAAAAGGCUUAUGUUCCUGCACAAUUAAUUUCAACACUUUUAUUUUUAAAUAUUAAGGAGAUUGAUCGUGAUGGAACUGAAGCAAAACGAUUAAAAAAAGAAAAAUUAAUAAAAAAGAAACAAAUGGCAAAUAAAAAACGGAGAAAGUUAGACAAACAAAUUGGAAAAUUAGAAAAUGAAUUGUUAGAAGCAAUUGAAUCAAAAACAUUUUCAACAAAAUUACAAAUUUCAACACAAAUAAUGCACAAUGUUUUUCUAAUUUAUUUUAAAAUACUUAAAAGAAUGCCACAAACAGGAUUAUUAAGUCCAGUAUUACAAGGAUUGUCUAAAUUUGUUCAUUUAAUUUCUAUUGAUUUUUAUGAUGAUUUGAUGCAACAUUUGGGACGUUUAGUUGAACAAAAGCAACUUAAAGUAACAGAAACACUCAAUUGUAUACAUACUGCUAGUCAUAUAUUUACCGGUGAAGGACAAGCAACAAUAGAAGUUGAUUUACAAAAAUUUUAUAAAGCUUUGUAUAAUGUAAUGCCAAAUAUAUGUUUUCAACCGGAAGAAGAAUUACAAAAUCAAGUUUUACUUUUAAUUGAAUCAAUUCAAUUAUUAUUAAUUAAAAGAAAGAAAAGUGUUUCAAUUAAAAAAGCUGCUUCAUUUAUUAAACGUUUGGCAUUAAUUAUAGUUGGAAUUAAUUUAAUUGAUGAAAAUUGUGCUUCUGGGCUAUUGUUGAUUUUGAGAAGAAUAUUUUUGAGCUUCCCUUCAUUAAAACCAAUGAUUGGAAAUGGACAAAACAAGGAAGGAGAAGAAGACUUUAUUGUUGAUAAUGGCCAAUAUCGUCCAGAUUGUUCUGAUCCAGAUUAUAGCAAUUCUGUUGGAACGAGUAUUAAAGGAGAACUUGAAUUAAUUUUAAAGAAUCAAAAUAAUCAAUUAACUAAAAUGUUGGUGUUACACUUAUUAAAUGGAUUAAAUUUGACAGGAAAGUAUAAAUUGGAUGUGAAAUGGUCAAGCAUGGAACCUUCAGACUUGUUUAAUAAACCAAUAAAAAAUGAUGAUAAAAAAAAUAAAAAUGAGAGGAGAAAAUUGAAAAAAGACUUUUUUGAAAAAUUGGAAAAUUUUGCAAAGAAAAUCAAAUAAAAAAAUUCAAAACUACAAGGUUUUGGUUCUUCAAAUUUUUGUUCUGCUUUAAAUUGUUUUAUUGAGGCUAAUAAUAAAAAUUGUUAAAGGUUUAUGGUUGUUUUCGUUUAUUUUUUUUUAUAAAUUUCUUUGAGAGAAUUUGUUGAGGUAAAUAUUUUUUAGAAUUAAAAUAUGCUGGCUAUGUAGGACAUAAUGGUUGCCGGUUCGGUCCGGUCCGAAUGAUCAAGUCGGGCAUCGAAUUUUGGCCCGAAAAAGACUCG